AAAAGAAAAGCCCACAGAGACGGCCCCUAGGGUUUGUCCUUUAGAGAAACCUCUUUUAUAGUUUUCUCAUGAGCGCCACCGUUUAGCUCUUUUCUCUCUGUUUUGCUCUUGGCUGAUUCGUUGGAGCUUGAUCUCUCCGUGGAAAUGGGUGGUUUCCGGUUUCACCAGUAUCAGGUGGUUGGGAGAGCCCUCCCGACAGAGAACGAUGAGCACCCUAAGAUCUACAGGAUGAAGCUUUGGGGUAGAAAUGAAGUAUGCGCCAAGUCCAAGUUCUGGUACUUCAUGAGGAAACUGAAGAAGGUGAAGAAAAGCAACGGACAGAUGCUUGCCAUCAAUGAGAUUUUCGAGAAGAACCCAACGACCAUCAAGAACUACGGGAUCUGGUUGCGUUAUCAGAGCCGAACUGGGUACCACAACAUGUACAAGGAGUACCGUGACACAACACUCAAUGGUGGAGUGGAGCAGAUGUACACUGAGAUGGCUUCUCGUCAUAGAGUGAGGUUCCCUUGCAUUCAGAUCAUCAAGACUGCGACUGUCCCUGCAAAGCUUUGCAAGAGAGAGAUCACCAAGCAGUUCCAUAACUCGAAGAUCAAGUUCCCUCUUGUUUUCAGGAAGGUCAGACCACCAAGCAGGAAGCUUAAGACUACAUACAAGGCAUCAAAACCUAACCUUUUCAUGUAGAAGCAACCGACAUGAUUCUCAUCAGAAUAGGCUUCUUGUUCCUAGUCUGAACAAAACACUGGAGUUAUCUUCUUUUGAACAUUUUUCAACUUUUUUUUUGUUCUAGAUAUGAUACAAUAUUAAGGUGACUCAUCUCCAAUUUUCGUCAGUUUCCAAAGUUUUGCUGCUUUAGUGUAAUGUUGCAGAAAGUUCAAAACUGUACUAUCUCCCACUAUCAUAAACCAAUCUGCUUUGUAUGCCAACGACCACUAAACUAGCAACACUUCAUUCUCAUUCUUGUAUGAAACUAUUCUCGCAAUUCCAUAAAUGUCUUCAUCUGCAGUCUGGUUUAUGCUACAUGUCCCCGGAGCUCUCGG